AAACCCUUUGCGUAUACAUCAAUAGUCCGGCUAAAUCGGCAAAUAUAUCCAACAAAUUAAGCCUUUUAAACCAAUCAGUACAUUAUUAAUAUACUCAAUGUCAGAUCGUAUUGAUGACUUGGCUCUCAUGAUAUCAGAUAUGGAAUUUGCAGAGAAACUGCAGAUGCAACAUGUUCUUGGAGCCUCUUAUGAAAGUUCCCAAGGUUUCUGUGGAAUUUGGAAAAACAAAAAGGGAGCACAUCGAAUGUUCAACCUCGAAAAAGUACUGCUCUCGUCAUUCUUUCUGUUCUCACUGUAUAGGUCUAUAUGUCCAAUCCAAGAUUCGCGACAACAUUUUCCCUAUAACUUGUCCAGGUUUGAGAUGUGGUGUCGUAAUUCAACCUGAAUCUUGUAGGUCUAUUAUUCCAGUAAAUGCUUUUGCAAGGUGGGAAGAAGGCUCGACCGAGUCAGCUAUUCCUAAUAGUGAAAAAUUCUAUUGUCCUUAUAAAAGAUGUUCUGGGCUGUUCAUUCAUGAUAAUCAUGAAGAGGUCAUUGAAUGCAUUUGUCCUCUGUGCAAAAAACUGUUCUGUGCCAAGUGCCGAGUCCCUUGGCACACUGGGCGUGAUUGUGACAAGUUUCAAAUAGAAGAAAAAAACAGAGAAGAUGAACUAAAACUUAAGCUGCUUGCUGAGAACAAAAAAUGGAAGGAAUGCCCUAAGUGCAAAUCCAUUGUGGAGAAGGUUGAUGGCGGAAUACACAUGACGUGCAGGUGUAAAAUGGAAUUUUGCUACGUAUGUGGAGGAACGUGGAGCGGAAGGCAUUGGAGUUGCCGAGACUAGUUAUGAUAUACUAUUGGAUUGCCUCUUCAUACCAAUCGGAUGCUGAAUAUUUUGUUGUCAGAAUAAAA